AUGGAACGGAGCGUCCCCGAAUAUUCGCAGUCAGGUUUGCCUUCGCCCUAUCCAAGUAACUACGGCGACACUCAGUCUGAAGCUUCCUCUGCAGAUCACGCGUCUGCUGCCCACUAUUCUAGUAAUCAGGAAGCACGGGGGGCCAGUUAUCCUACAUCUGCCACGCCGAACUCAGAGUACGGAGCAUACCCGCAGUCUGCGAGGUCGACUAGUUCUUUCCCAGAGCAUAGUCUGCGUCAAUACCAUCCAGCGAGCAACCACACUGGCAGCAGCGGAGGUAUGGCGCAAACACCAACAAGUCCGUCCAUGCCUAUGCAAGAUGGACGCAACCAUCAGUCCCAACAAGUCAAGUCUGACAACGAUGUACCCAUAGAUCCCUCUAUCGCGGCACCUAGCCCUACGACAUACGCGCCUCCGAGUCAAUACUCGCCCUACGCGCCGCCUCCGCAAGAUAUGUCGCAUAACUAUCCCCAAGGCGCCGGUAACCUGUACGCGCAGCCACGACCCGAUUGGGGGAACUAUGGGCACCCAGCGCCUGGGCAGAUGCCACACCCGCACUCAGUAUAUCCUCACACGCCCACAACGAACGCGCCCGGACGACCAGCUCAGUAUGGUGGACAGCAGGUCUAUUCAUUUGUACCAAUUCCCGGAGCUCAGCAACAUAAGCGACCUCGACGACGAUAUGAAGAAAUUGAGCGUAUGUACAAAUGUGGUUGGAGCGGAUGCGAAAAGGCUUACGGCACCCUUAACCAUCUGAAUGCCCAUGUCACGAUGCAGAGCCAUGGACAAAAGCGUACUCCCGAAGAAUUCAAAGAAAUCCGGAAGGAAUGGAAAGCACGGAAGAAGGAGGAGGAACAGGCCCGCAAGGCUGCCGAGGAAGCAGAACGCCAGCGACAUGUUGCUGCCGCUGCUGCCCAAGCUCAGAACGGAGGUGCCGAUCCUCAAGCAGGCGAUUCGGGUCAAGCACCAACAUCGUACACUGCUAGCCGACAAGUUCAGCUCCCUCCCAUCGGUUAUCAGGCAACUCAGUAUCCUGCGCCUCCGUCGGCGACUGUGCCGCAACAGCCGCUUCCCGAGUACAGCCCUACAAACCACAUGUAUUCUGGUUACCAACAGCCGGCAUCGCCUUACGGACCGCAAAACCAGAGCCUCUAUAGUCAACGUGAAUGA